AUGUAUGACCUGGAAAGGAGCGCCGACAUCCAGAGGCCGUGGUGGAUGGUGCCUGAGCACUUUGAGCAACCGUCUGUGCUUUACAUCAAAGAGGAGCACGAGGAGCAAAUAUUUGGUCCCGGAGAUGCCUCCCUUCACCACAUUGAAGUCAACAGCCACACCCUCAUCCAGCUGGAGAGGUGGUUCACAGCCCACGGACGGACACGGGUCAGUGUCGUUGGACCACUUCGUGCACGCCAGUGGGUGAUGGACAUGAUCUGCAGAGUGGGCAGCCCCGACUCAUCGGUUCGGGCCCAAGGCCUCGAGAUGCUGCGGUGUGUCCAGAGCCGGCCCCUGACUGAGGACGACCUUGCUGUUGUUUUACCUGCAAGGCAGUCCAUCCUCAGCAAGCUUCCUCUUCCCAGCAACUUUAACUUACCAUCACUCUUGGGUUUCUGCUUCCCCUCGGGACAGGAUAUCUCCAUUGACAUCUUUGAUAGUUGGGACAUGGCCCUGGAUGUCCUUUCUGAUGAUCCUUGGUGA